AAGGGGCUGUAGAGGAGGGACCAUGUCCUCACGGAUGGGAAAUAAACUAAGCAGUUCCUGCAUAAUUCAUGGGGAGGAAGAAGGGCUACCACGAGGGUUGCCUCACGUUACCUUCGUUCCCCUAUCGUGCACGCUACACAUGAACGCUGCUAAAGUAUCUGUGCCGGAUCGAUCUUGUCGGUCUGGCGCAGCUAACCACGCCCACACAGCGUGGCAGAUCUCCCAUUGGACAAAAAUCCUUGGCAGAAGGCGUAAUCUACCGGAGGAGGCGUGCCAGCGAGCCGUGCGUUCGUGCUUGCCACGGAGGAUGGGUGACGCGGAGGAGGUAGACAUCAGCGCAGUCGGCAAUCUGCUCCUGCACGGAGACGCUCGUGAUACCUCUUCCUCCUGCUUCGUUGGUGUCUCCGACGCACGGUGCGUUCUGGUGAGAACACCAGGUGGAAAACGAAUCUAACGAGGUCAAACGCCGAGUAACGUAUCUCGCCUUCCCAUACAAUACGAUAGAUCGCGCAAAACGGCUCGAUGACAACGCGAAGCGGAGGAAAAGGCCUGGAUGAGAAGAUACGAGAAUGCAAUGACUCGGAGAAGCUGAAGACCGUAUAAUCACCAUCCGUGGACUACGGGCGGUGCACGAUGCUGGUACCGCCUGAUAUGAUUUCGUCCCACUCCAGGAUGGUCUAUCAGUUCAACAAGUACUUCGGCGAACGGGUGAUGAAUAGGAAGAGUCAGGUGGCGAAGACCAUUCAGGAAGUGUGUCGAGUCGUGCAGGACGUGCUAAAAGAGGUGGAAGUGCAGGAGCCGAGAUUCAUCUCGUCCUUGACGGAUUAUAACGGCCGGUUCGACGGCCUCGACGUCAUCUCGCCGACGGAGUUCGAGAUCGUCAUCUAUCUGAAUCAGAUGGGCGUGUUGAACUUUGUGGAUGACGGCACCCUGCCGGGCUGCGCCGUGCUGAAGCUCAGCGACGGACGCAAGAGAUCCAUGUCCCUCUGGGUCGAAUUCAUCACCGCAUCCGGUUACUUGUCAGCAAGAAAGAUUCGCUCGAGAUUCCAGACGCUAGUGGCGCAGGCCUGCGACAAGUGCACGUACAGAGACUCGGUGAAGAUGAUCGCCGACACCACCGAGGUGAAGCUACGGAUACGCGAGCGAUACGUCGUGCAAAUUACGCCGGCUUUCAAGUGCGCUGGACUGUGGCCCAGGUCAGCCUCCCACUGGCCGAUCGCGCAUAUACCCUGGCCGCACCCGAACAUCGUCGCCGAGGUGAAAGCGGAGGGCUUCGAUAUGCUCUCGAAGGAAUGCAUAGGCCUGCAGGGAAAGCAGUCCGCCAUGGAGGGCGACGCCUGGGCGUUGUCGUUUAUCGACGCGGAGAAUCGAUUGUUGCAAGGCGCGAGCAGAAAGCGUUGCCUCAGUAUACUGAAGACGCUUAGGGACCGGCACCUUGAUCUACCGGGAAAUCCGGUCACCAGCUACCACAUGAAAACCCUACUGCUCUACGAGUGCGAGAAACACCCGCACGAGGCGGAAUGGGACGAGGCUUGUCUGGCCGAGCGAAUAAACGGCAUUUUUCUGCAGCUAAUUUCUUGCCUUCAAUGUCGCAGAUGCCCGCAUUAUUUCCUACCGAAUCUCGAUCUCUUCAAGGGAAAAUCGCCCAGCGGUUUGGAGAACGCCGCGAAGCAGGUGUGGAGACUCACCAGGGAGUUACUCACGAACAGUCGUGCGCUCGAGAAACUGUAGUGAGCCGCGGCCGAGUGUCGUACGAUUCGUGAAUUGAUCUCGCAAAUCUUGUCACACGUUCCUGUAACUGCACCGUCGAUGACUUCGACGCGCGAGUAAGAUACGUCUCAUCAUACAACAGCCGUGCAAGUACUGCGCGAGAAUACGCAUCUCGUGGACUGAAGAUUAAUGACGUUAGAAAAGUUUACUCGAGCUUAACGAAAAAAAACCACACGUUUUCCUUGGUUCUUGCCGUCAUCCAACGCACCGUCGUCGAGUCAUCGGGAAGUCCAAUCUGCAUUUUCCUGGAUUUCGCGGAUCUGAAGAUCACACAUGUUUUCGAUGUUCCCGAAGAUAUUUAGUGUGUGCCGGAAGCAAUCCUUGCGAGAUUAAUUACGCGUGUAUGUGAUGUUUGGUGAACACGUGAUUGCUCGCAGACGAUCGAAUUAGUGCCAUAAAUAAUCUCUCUUCGACGUUAGAGACAGAUUUCCGUUUCUACUGUCGGCGCGAAGCAUAAAAGUAAAUAUAUUAUAGAGCCGCAAAAGAAUUAUCAUUCAAUUUGUUGCAACGGCGGUUUGCAAUGCUGUGACGAUGCGCGUGAAACAACCUUUAAUCCGUGGUACAAAAAUCUUGCAUAUGUCGAGCGAAAAAGGAAAACGACCAAUCUCCGCGUUUAACUCUUUAAGAUUUUUAAAUCCAAUGACUGUUAUAAAGGCGCAGGUUUCGAGUAACGAGAAACCUGUUUCUUAUAAUGUGUUCCUUUCUAAAUGUGGUACUUUUUACUUCAAAGCACGUAAUCUUCACGAUAGUAUUUAAGCCUAAGACUGCAAAUACUGCCAUGACACUUAAAGAGUUGACGCGACUGGAUUAGCUUUGAUAAUGUUUUCUCAACAUGCUGAUUACUAUAUACGUACUGUAGAGCUUUUGUGAUCGCGACCACGGUUGAGGGUUCGUCGUUUCUUUCUUAAGUCCCUCGCGCGACCUCCGUCGCCUAUGUAAAUAUAAAACUUGAAAGAUAUUUAUUGAACUGUAACGAAAUGUGAAAUAUAGUACUAUUUAUAUGGAA